AUGGCUAACCCCAGUGUCCUUACCUUUGAUGCUGAGGGUCGUGCUGUUGACUUCGAGCUGCGGCCAACCUCGUUGGCUUCGAGUCGGUCGGCGCUGCGUCUGCCCCUAGCGGGCGACGCCGCACCGGCAAGGGCAAGGGGGGCAAGGGCGCUGGAGGGGCUGGCGGGGGCGGUGGAGGUGGCGGUGGAGGCAGUGGAGGGGCUGGGGGUGGUGGUGGGAGUGGUGGCGGGGGUGGAGGUGUCGGUGGCAGCAGUGGAGGGAGAGGAGGCGGCAGCGGUGGCGGAGGGAGCGGAGGCGGUGGAGGUGGCGGAGGCGGCGGCGGCGGUGGUGGAGCUGGUCGCGGCUCUGCACAGAGGAGUGGCUCCGGAGGUGGUCCGCGCCAGCUGCAGCUGCGCACUCGUGAGACCCCGUCCCCCCAGUAGCUUCGUGAGUGGUACCCUGGGCGUCAACGCGUGCGGGGGCUCGCACUCCACCGAGCGAUGCUUCGGCCGCCUGACGGAUGCUUGGCGUCACCAGUUCCUUGACGCCACAGAGAUCACUUGCUGGGGAGAGCUGUCUAGGGCGGGGGUUGCUAUCUUUGAUCUUGACUAUGAUGUUAUUCUUGCUGCCAUGUAUGCUGUGUCUACUAGUGAUGAGGGUGACGUAUACCUGUGUGUUCCGCCUGACCCGGGCAUUGAGGCUGCUGCUCGAGGUGCUGGUGAGGCUGCUGCUCUAGGUGCUGGUGAGGCUACUGCUCUCGGUGCUAGUGCGUCUGCUGCCCCAGGUACUGGUGAGUUUGCUCUCUCAGGUACCACAUCGGCUCAAGUCUCCCACACCUUCACCCUUGACUCGGGUACUUCUCGCUCCUUCUUUCGAGACCGCACCACACUCACGCCGCUUAGUCGGCCCGUGGCGGUCUCCUUGGCAGACCCCUCCGGGGUUCCUGUCCUUGCCCACUUCUCUACUAUCUUUCCGGGUCCGGCGGCCCCCUCUGGCACCCUGUCAGGUCUUUACCUCCCCUCGUUCUCUACGAACUUGGUGAGUGGUGCAGAUCUAUAG